CGCCCGCAUCCGGCCACUCCGCCGGGCCGGCCUGGUGGACCAUGAUGAACGGGGUCGGCGGCGCGCUCUACGAGGAGGCGCACGCGUCGCCGCCCGGUGGCUCACCCCCAGCAGCUCCUGCGGCCGCACCACCUUCGGCCUCCAGCGCCUCGCCCGCUUCAGUCGGCUCCAACCCACCACAACCGCCGUUGCACAUUCCGGCUAAGCGCUACGAGCCCGAGCCCGGCGUCAUCCGGCAUGCUCAGCAGCCCUGGGGCUAUCCUCCAGAUGCUCCCGGCUCAUUCGAACAUCAGUACCCCAGCGCCCCCACAUAUUAUAAUUUACCUGUCGAAAGAGAGCGCAAGUCGACUCUCCCCUUUUGGCCAACCAGCAGUGGUGAAUACAAACCAUACGCUGAUGGAGGCUGUCAUCAGGGUUUCUCGCAGCCCUGCUGGAACUAUCCGUAUGGCACACCUAGAGGCGAUCAACCUCUGCCCUACGUCAGCGGAGAAGAACGACGAGCUGCAGUCUCCGAGGCGUCCGGGUUCUCUCAUGAUGCAUAUGGUCUACGAAAUUACGCACCAGAGUCAGUUUCUGGCGCACCGUAUCCGCCACCAGGUUCUCUACCCGGUUCUCUGUCAAUGUCGGUCGGAGUCGGGGUGGGGUGUGGAUCCUCGAACCCUCUGGAUUGGACUGGUCAAGUGACGGUGCGCAAAAAACGCAAACCAUACUCGAAAUUUCAAACUCUCGAACUGGAAAAGGAAUUCCUUUUCAACGCGUAUGUCUCCAAACAAAAGAGAUGGGAGCUCGCGAGAAAUCUGAAUCUAACCGAGAGACAAGUGAAGAUAUGGUUCCAGAAUAGACGAAUGAAAAAUAAGAAGAACUCACAGCGACAGGCGGCGCAAGCUGCCCAGAACAACAACAACAAUUCAAAUGCGAACAACCACAACCACCACGCGGGCCACCACCACGCACCGCACCACGUGGCGCUGCACCAUCCACCGCCUGCGAAGCAUCAUCAGUGA